UUGAGCUGCACUCCUACAAUCCAAAAAGACGCAGACCUGUGUUUGAGCUUUGAAUCUAUUUAUACAAUCUUAUGGAAUAAUAAUAUCACUAUAAAGGUGCAGUGUGUAGUCAUGGCUGCAUGGGUGGAGGCAACCACAAGGGAAAUGGGCCAAUCGCUCAUCAACCCAGACAAACCUUCAGUUUCAGCUUCUGCACUCCCUGGAGACACUGGAAAGCCAGCGUUGCGCCCAAAACCCCACCUCAUGCCUAAACCAUUUGCUCUGCAAAGGAACGCCACCGUCCGCCCAAUCCGGGCCUAUAGCAGAGAGCUCCAUCGAGCCGCCUCUUCUGAAGCGCUUUUGGAUACCAAAAAACCUGGUGCUGGUGGUCCAAAUCUAUCAGAAUACCAAAAACCAGGCUCAAAUGGCACAGUAAAUGGGUCUAAUAAAAUUGCAGCUCCUAAAUCCAUCCCACUCAGCCCAAAACCUGACUUGUUGGCUAAGCCUAAACCAGAACCCACUAAGAGUCCUGGUUCUAAUAACCAAACUGGUCCAAACUCAAAGCCUGCUGUGACUGCUGAAGAUUUGAAGAACGUUCAGCCCAGGAGCAGAGCUAAAUCUUUGGGUUCUCAGGAUAAAAAGAUUCUCACGCAGAAGGACCGAGGAGAGGCAGCCAAGACUGAAGCAGAUGUCAAAGUAUCUUCACGAUGCUGGCCGCCUCGAAAUCGUCUCUCCGUUGAGCUGACCUCCAAGUUCGAGUCAAUGUCUCAACCCGAGAAGGAGGUGAGGAGAGAUGCUGAAACCAGCAAGACGGAGAAAGAGUGGCCACCACAUUCUCCUUCUGAGUCUAAGCCUUCGAAGCUUCCGGUGGAUACAGGAGAGAUGGGAGACGAGGAUGUCAGCGGAGGCAGCAUUAAGAGACGGAUCAGCCUUCUCUUUGAUCGAUCUACAGCAACUCAGUGCAGGGACACUUUCAACAAAAGAGACAAUCCAGCUGCUGAAAUAUCUGUUGACAUUAAACAGAGAAUCCAGAAUCUGAGCUUGGAUGCACCAAGGACGCGCUUGCCAUCCACUGGUGCUCCGAAAAGUCCACCAUUUGUGAAGAAACUAAGCACCUCAGAUGAGACUCCAAAUGAGAGAUCAUCUGAAAAACCUACAGCGACAGAGAAGGUGCCUGUAAAUACUGCAGAAAUCAAGAACUCUGCUGCUAGUGUGGAGCGUGUAGAAGAAGAGGAAGACCAUGAAGAUGAAGAGGAGGACUGUGUCCCUGUUCCUGUUUACCAAAGGGUUGGGAUGAGCCUAGAUGUGGAGACAAAGAGAAGGGAAGAAGAAGAAAAACAGAGCAAAGAUGAGCAGUUAGAGAAAGAAAGACAACAGCGGGUAAGACUUUUGGAGAAGGAGAGGAAGGCAAGAGAAACAGAGAGACAGGAAGAGAGAAAACAGGAAGAGGAAAAGCAAAGACAGAUGGACGAAAGGAGAAAGCAAGAAGAAGAACGAAAGAGAAGAAUUGAAGAAGAAAGAAAAGAGGAGGAGAAGAGGAGACAGGCCGAAAAAGAGAAGGAGAGGCAGAUUGAGGAGAAGAGAAGGAUUGAAGAAGAAAAAGAGAGACUGAGAGAAGAAGAAAGAAUCAUGAAAGAGAGAGAAAAGGAAGAAGAGAGGAGAAGAAUUCAGGAGUUGGAGAGAAAGAGAGAGGAGGAAAGACUCAGACAAGAACGAGAAAAAGAAGAGAGGUUAAAGAAACAAAGAGAAAUGGAGGAAAGAAAACAUAUGGAACAAGAGAGACUGAAAGAAGAGGAAAGAUUGAGACAGGAAAGAGAAAGAGAGAAACUAAAGAAAGAAAAAGAGAUGGAAGAAGAGAGGAGAAGAAUUCAGGAAUUGGAGAGACAGAAAGAAGAGGAAAGAUGGAGAAAAGAACGAGAAUUAGAGAGACUGCAUAAAGAGAGAGAAAUUGAAGAAAAAAAACGAAUGGAAGAGGAGAGACAGAGAGAAGAAGAAAGACUGAGACAGGAAAGAGAAAGAGAGAGACUAAAGAAAGAAAAAGAGAUGGAAGAAGAGAGAAGAAGAAUUCAGGAAUUGGAGAGACAGAGAGAAGAGGAAAGAUUGAGAAAAGAACAAGAAUUAGAGAGAAUAAGAAGAGAAAAAGAGAUGGAAGAAGAGAGGAGAAGAAUUCAGGAAUUGGAGAGACAGAAAGAAGAGGAAAGAUUGAGAAAAGAGCGAGAAUUAGACAGAAUAAGAAGAGAAAAAGAGAUGGAAGAAGAAAGGAGAAGAAUUCAGGAAUUGGAGAGACAGAAAGAAGAGCAAAGAUUGAGAAAAGAACAAGAAUUAGAGAGAAUGAGGAAAGAAAAAGAGAUAGAAGAAGAGAGGAAAAGAAUUCAGGAAUUGGCGAGACAGAAAGAAGAGGAAAGAUUGAGAAAAGAACAAGAAUUAGAGAGAAUGAGGAAAGAAAAAGAGAUAGAAGAAGAGAGGAAAAGAAUUCAGGAAUUGGCGAGACAGAAAGAAGAGGAAAGAUUGAGAAAAGAACAAGAAUUAGACAGAAUAAGGAAAGAAAAAGAGAUGGAAGAGAGAAGAAGAACUCAAGAGAUUGAAAGACAGAAAGAGGAGGAGAGAUUGAGAAAAGAACGAGAAUUAGAGAGAAUAAGGAAAGAAAAAGAAAUGGAAGAAGAGAGACAAAGAAUUCAAAGACAGAAAGAGGAGGAAAGACUGAGACAAGAACGAGAAAUAGAGAGACUAAAGAAAGAAAAAGAGAUAGAAGAAGAGAGAAGAAGAACUCAAGAGUUUGAAAGACAGAAAGAAGAAGAAAAACGGAGACAGGUACGAGAACAUGAGAUGAAGAUGGAAACGUGUGAAGCAGCAGAGAGAUUACGAGAGGAAGUUCCUACGAGUUAUGAUUUGAUAUCUUUUGACGUGGAGGAGUCGGCGGCGUCACAGACUCUGGUCUCCUCCGUCCAGCUCGCUGACGUCUUGCCUCGACUUGCACAAGUGACUUACGAUGACUUUUCAGUGAAACCCCGAAGAUGGGGAACUAGGGCGAGACGUUCCUCGACUCCGUCUCCAUCCAGAGAAACUCCUGCUGCUCCCGACCACAGUCUACAGCAAGAAAUAAAGUCCAGUCAUCCUGGACCCCAAGAACCAAGCGGAGAUCGGGUGUCUGUGCAUGAUCUGAUCGGAUUUGAACCUGAAGCUUCCAGUCCACUCAACUCUACAGAAAUCAGAACGCACACAUAUUUAUUUGAGGCUGAGUCCAAACCAGGGGACCUUCUGGAGCCAGAAACAGAUGAGGGUCAGUUGAAGGAUGGAGGAGUUGAAGAGCAGGACACAGAGAAUUUAAUCUGGGAAACUGACGAACAAACUGAAAACCACGACACUGCUGAUGAUCCCGCCACACAGAUCAGAAUCAAUCAAGCCUUGCAGAGACUGACUCAGGCCAGACGACGAAAUACAUCUAGUGAUUCAGACACAGCAGACGUCCCAGUUCACGAGGAGCUCCAACCUCUACCGCUUCUCGAGUCUGUAGCUCCUCUGUUGGACUCCAGCGUUUUCCGUUCGAAGGUUGAACUGGGAAAGAAACGUAGCAUAAAGCGCACCAGACCGUCACGUGCCGUCCGACAGAGAUCCGCCCUGCCCGCUCUGACAGAGGGAACGCAACCCGACUGGAGGUUCUGCGACUCCACAGAAGCGAAAGAUCAGUGUUCCAAUGGAGCGGACUCUGAAUCAGAAGAGGAACCGUCCCGGGACGUCACGUGCUCUCCAGCCCCAAGCCAGCCCAAGAGAGUCCCUGUGUUUCCUGGGAUGGACCCUUCUGCCCUCAUGGCCCAGCUAAAGCGAAGAAGUGCAGCGAUAGAAACAGAAAGUCCAACAGAAGCACAGACGCCUCCGUCUGUCCCAUCACGCUCUCCCCGCACACCCAACAUGGCCCUCGGCCCAAGAGUGCUGCCGCCUGUUGACGCCAAGGACAGUGGGUCCGGCUCUUCACCCUCCUGGCUGCUUGAGCUCAAAUCCAAGAAGCGAAUGAGUCAACCUGAGAGUGAAGCGUGAAGCUCAGGUCUGAUGCAGUUUGUUGAGAGGAAGUCCUCUGCCACAAAGAUACCAAAGAAACCGACUUACACAAAUCAUCUUUCGUUUUAAUACUGACUGAGUACCAGAAUCUUUUGAGGAUGAGUCCUGGACUGAACUGUUUGGAGGCUUUGCCAAGAUGAUGUUCUCUUACGCACAUUUUUAGUUUUACAUGAAUGUCUGUCAUAAUUGCUUGGCAGCAUUAGAGAUGGUGUGCCUGAAAAGCAAGUGCUGUUUACUGUUAGUCUCGAACCAAGUUAAUUUUUACCGUUAUUAAAUUUUGUUUACAUUCAUAAAUCCAACAGAUCUUUUUCCAAAGUGAGGUUGGUUCAUCCAUCAAUCAGGGCCCUAAUGUGCAUAUCUUCUGUUCUCUGAUCUCUGAUCUCUGAUCGUGGAGAAACACAAAUCAGUUUAGCUUCAUGCUACAAUGCACUUUAAAUGAGUUGGAUCACUGCAAAAGUUUCAUUAGGGCUCAUAGGCAUUUUAUUGCAUUUGAUUUUUUUUUUUUUUUCAGAAUUUAAAUAUUGUGUUUCCAAAACUUUGUUUAAAAAAAAGGCUGACCUUGUUCAUUGCUACAUGAAAUUACUUUUUCUUUCUCUUAAUAGUUUUCGUUUUGUUUACAUGUGCC